AUGUCUUCUUCUUCUGCUGCUGCUACGUAUGCUCUGGGAGUGAGGACGAGAGCGCAAAAGAGGCGGAUGGGGGAGAGAGAUUCUUUGUGGGAUUUGGUCGUGAAGAACGACGAUAUUUGUUUCAAACACAUUCUUCCGAGAUUGAAUUCGACUGACGUGAAAUUCUUGUAUGGAGUGAAUGGUGAAACGAGAAAGUUGAUUAAGAGAUCGUCUCGCGCGGAAGAUUUGAAGAAGAAGUUUAAUAUAGAAGAGAUGUCGUCGAUAUCGACUUUGGAAGUAGCGUGGGAGAAUAAAUCGUUGUGGCCGAGAGACUGGAUAGAUGAAAUAUAUUUCUGCUGGCAAGUUGCUGGAACGAAUAAACUCGAGUUGCUCAAGUGGGCGCGAGAGGAGAAAAAGUGUAAGUUGGAUGGAAGGAUGAUUGAAGCGGCCGCAAAACAAGGCAAUAUGGAAAUGGUAAAGUAUUGCGUUGCAAAUAAGUGUCCUAUCGAUAAGUAUGCGUGUGCAGAGGCUGCCGGAAACGGUCAUCUCGAGGUACUCAAAUACUUACGCGAAGAAGGCAAAGCGCCUUGGGAUGGGAAUACUGCCGCUUGGGCGGCUCAAGAGGGUCAUCUCCACAUACUCGAAUAUCUUGUUGAGCGUAAGUAUGAUAGAUAUAACGAACGGGCGUGUCAGUGGGCGGCCAAGAACGGCCACUUGGAUUGUUUGAAGUACUUGCACGAAACCGCCAAAGCGCCGUGGAACUCUUUGGCCGUACGAGAAGCACAUCGGAACAACCACCCCGAAUGUGUACAAUACUGCCUCGACAACAACUGUCCUCUCCCAGAAGGUUGGUCGUACGCGAACGGAGAGCUCCACGUGCCAGACUAUUCAGAAUCAGAAUCAGAAUCAGAAUAA